AUGGCGACAUCUCUCCGCGCUCAGAGAGCGUUUCAACGACUCACAGUCUCGUCUACAGUGCAGUCUCAAGCACGUCCAAUCCACACGACAACCCGCAAGCUAUCAACGCCGACAGCCUGCUUCCUCUGUCGGCUUCGACCAUCGAGACCUAACAGGAGAACAAGCGCCAUUUUCCCGUCUGCAUUGUUUGCGCAACGUACCUUCACAAGCACGCCUUCUACGUUAAACUCGGCAUCAUCGGAAACAUUGCCAGUCCCCAACGCCCCAGACACAACAAAUUACUACACAAUCUUUCCGCAAACGCUUCCCAACGGCCCGCCCCCGUCAAGCCCCUUCACGAUCGACGUCCAGGCCUUGCGCCGGGAAUUUUUCUCCCUACAGAAUACCCUGCAUCCUGACAAAUAUCCACCGGGCCCAACCAAGACAGCUGCUGAGUCGCUCUCCGCCAUCAUAAAUGAAGCGUACCGCACGCUUUCAGACCCUCUCCUUCGCGCCCAGUACCUCCUGCGCGAGUUCCAUGGUAUUGACGUCACGGCGGAGGAUGGCUCGGGGGCUGGUGCGCAGCCGCUGGACCCCGAGCUUCUGAUGGAGGUCAUGGAUGUGCAGGAGGCGAUUGAGGAGGUUGGGGAAGGGCAAGAAGCAGUGGAGAAAAUCGCGGUGAUGAAGAAGGAGAACGAUGAGCGGGUGAAGGGAUGUGUGCAGGCGUUGGCAGAGGCAUUUGAUAAAGGGGAUGUGGAGGGAGCUAGGGGAGAGUGUGUGCGCUUAAAGUUUUGGGUUAGUGUUGCAGAUGGAUUGAGGGAGUGGGAGCCUGGGAUGGGCGGGAUUCGGUUGAUUCACUGA